CCUCCCGAUUUUUGAACCUCCCCCCGCCGCUCAGCCUCGACCACGCACCAUUAACCAGGUAGCUUCUGUUGCAUUCGACUCAAAUUCUCAAGAAUUGUGUCGUCUUCUGCCUUUGGGCCUUUUAACCCGCUUUCCUACUCGAAAAACUCAUCCCGAACCGCCCGUCGACGUCCGACCCGGUCUAUCACCAUGUCUACCCCUCAAUUCUGGUCGACUCCUCUGCGGUACAUCCGCUGGGCCUCUCACGAGAAGCCUGCGAUCUUCUACUCCCUGCUGAUCGGCUCAAUGGGACCCGUCGCGCUCGUCACUCUUCCCCCGCUCCGCCGGGCUCUCGGUGACGUUGACCCGGAGCCUAUCCCCAUGACAUAUCCCAUUCCCAAGGGUCCGCGCGUGGUUCCCCAGGGCUACGAGGACUAAGAGAAAAGCGACCGAACAAGCGAACAACGAGCCACAUGAUAAUAUAGAAGGCCGUUCUCGACUUCUUUUGCCUUGAGGAGGAAUGAAUGAUUCAACCGACGUGGGGAGAAAAUGGAAGCUUUAGCGAUGCCGCCUGCACAAUUGAGGUCUUCGGCAGGGAUUUUGUCCAGUCUCUGCCGUUAACGAGGAACGAUUCCAUACUGAUCGUUCCUUUCUCUGGAGAGGCGCUUUGAUACCAAUCUUUGUUUGCGUGCAGAUUCGGCAUGGUCGGGUGCCAAGAUCGUUGCACUGCAGUGUAUGUACUAUGUUUUGAGAGUGGCCAUAUAGCCAACGCUGAGUCGCUUUCUUUUGUUCAAUAUGCGUAUUUGUAAGGUGGUGUUGAUCUGAGC